UGACCAGAAGUCUCUCUUGUCGCUCUCAAUUUCACUGUGUUUAUCGUGUUGCUUCAGUCUUUCAUCCUCUGAUCCUGGAGCCUUUCAUUUCUCAGGGUUUGUGAGGUGACAGCAACACAUUGGAGGGCUUACGGCUGAGGCAAGACGGUUAUAGUAGUGGAGAAAGAACAAUGCACGUGAUAAAACUAUUUGCCGUGACUGUGGUGCUGCUCUUCUCGUGACGUACGCGUGAAUCCAACUUGCUGGUGCCUCGUUCUUGUGUCUGUGUUGGAGCAGCGCCUCUGAAAACCCCCGCGCGCUUCUCUAAGUCUCUGUGUGUUAGUGUUGCGGCUCCACCUCUUUGCUAACCGGCGGGCCUCACUCUCUACUCCCCGACAGGCUAAACCAAUGCCAGGAUCUCAGUGCCCUGCUCAACCCUGGACAAGAUGACACCUCAGAGCCACGCACAGGUACCCCAACACCCACAGUAACCUAACCCAGUGCACCAUGCUGACCACGGGACUCCCCCCACCCCUCCACCACCCCCACUACUCCCACCACCACCAGCACCACCUCCGCCACCACGACCACCGGCGGAGGAUCGUGCAUAACACAUUUCUGGACGACGACCUCACUACUGCUACCACCACCACGACCACGAAUCAUCACCAGCUGCUGUUUCUCAAGUCGAACAUCACAACGACCACCACAGCAACGACCACGGCCAUCACGCAUGCCUCCUACACGCCGGAACUCCUGUACAGCGUGACGACCACAGCUAUGAAUGUCACCAGCAGCUCCACCCCGGCCACGGCAGCCUCGGACGACUACUACUACGGCAACCUGACCUCGAAUCUCAGCACCGCCUCGCCGCCUGUGUUCCCGGAGUACAUCAAGGUGGUGUCGACGCUGUUCUGCUGCCUGGUGCUGGUGGUGGGCGUGGUGGGCAAUGUGCUGGUGCCCGUGGUCAUCCUCAAGGACAGGGACAUGCGGAACUCCACCAAUUACUUCCUCAUGAACCUCAGCGCCGCGGAUCUGCUGGUGCUCCUCUUCUGCCUCCCGCCCGUCUUGGUGGAGCUCCACUCGCCGCCACAAAUUUGGGUCAUGGGCUACGGCAUGUGCAAGCUCACUUCCUACGUGGAGAUGAGUGUGGUGCACGCCUCGGCCCUGUCCCUAGUGGUGAUCUCGCUCGAGCGCUACCACGUGAUCUGCCAGCCCCUGCAAGCCGGCUACCGCUGCACCAAGGCCAAGGCAAUGGUGGCUAUCCUCGUCAUCUGGGUGGUGGCCUUCCUCUCUGCCGGGCCUACUCUGUGGAUCGUGCACUACGGGCGGUUUCAGUACUACGAUGGCACGCUGCAGCACGAGUGUCUGCUGGCCCUCACCACGUCCAUGGCCAUCUCCUUCAUGGUGGCCUCGCACGUCUUCUUCUUCUUCGUGCCCAUGGUGGUGCUGGUGCUGCUCUACGCCGUCAUCGCUCGCCGCCUCCUCGUGGACACCUCAGACCUCACCCACAAGAAGGAGAACCCUCAGACGCGGGCGCGGAGGCAGGUGGUAGUGAUGAUGGCCACUGUGGUAUUCUUCUACUUCUUGUGCCUGCUGCCCAUCCGCGUGUUCUUCCUGUGGAUCAUCGCCGUGCCACAGGAGGACCAGUUCAGGCUGGGCAUUGACGGCUUCUACAACAUCCUGUACUUCUGCCGCGUCAUGUUCUACAUCAACUCGUCCAUCAACCCGAUCCUCUACAACAUGACCUCCACUAAGUUCCGCACGGCCUUCCGCAGGGUGUUCCGCGGCCGUGGCACCAGCAGUCGCCGCUACAACGCCUCCUACAGCAACACCUCCUGCAACACGCCCACGCUGGCCAACAACAUCCGCCUGCACUACGGCGCCAACUGCUCGCUGGUGUACAAGACGGUGUACUCCAAGUGCGCGGCGAACCCACAGUACAGCUACGCCUCCUCGGCCUCCACGGCGUCACAGGUCACACGUCAGACCAGCUACGCCUCCACGCGCCGCUCCCGCUCACCCACCAGGGACACCUUCGUCUAGUCACUGCCCUAGCUGACCAACCCUGGGGCCCUUAACCAACGACAACCAGCCAACCCACAGCCCUACAAUACUAUCUUGACCUGACCUGACCUGACCUGACCAGGGGCGAUACAUCUUUCAUUAUAAGGUGCCUCAGCAUAACCCACACCAAAUGUCCCCCGCCCCCCUCUAGAUCAGCUUCCUCGUCCCCCAACGGCCACGCGGGGAAAUAUACAAGGUCAAGGAGGAAUAGAGGCCCAUUAUCUCCACCCUCACCCCCAUCCCGCCCCACCCCCCUCCAUGCUGCAAGGGGCGGGGCGGGGCGGGGCAGAACUGGGAUUUAACUGUGGUGCUUUUUGGUGUUUUGCUUGCAGGAGGAGGAGGAGGAGGAGGAGGAGGAGGAGGAGGAGGAGGAGGAGGAGG